GCUGCGCUCACCGACUCGACACCGCCAACAGGGAUGCAGCGAGGGCGCAGCGCAGCCUGAAAAUGGCACCACCACGCGUCCUGUGGAUCUAUCCAUCCUUUUCCCUCCUGUCCUCCCUACUUCUUUUCUACGCGUUGUCGCCGUGCAGAGCCUUGCGGAAUUACCCGGAGAAUGAAGUUACUUUGCUGGACUCCAUGUCAGCUUUGGCCGACCUUGGCUGGGAGGCUUACCCUAAUGAGGGGUGGGAGGAGAUCAGUGUGAUGGAUGAGAGAAACACCCCGAUGAGGACCUACCAGGUGUGUAACGUCAUGGAAGCCAAUCAAAACAACUGGCUGCGGACGCGCCACAUCAACCGGGAUGGAGCCCAGCGUGUCUACAUUGAGAUCAAGUUCACCCUGAGAGACUGUAACAGCCUGCCAGGGGUCCCUGGUACCUGCAAAGAGACUUUCAACAUGUACUACUAUGAGUCCAACAAUGCCAACCUGUGGUUCAUCAAGGAAAGCCAGUAUGUCAAGAUUGAUACUAUUGCUGCAGAUGAGAGCUUUACACAGGUGGAUGUUGGUGACCGUGUCAUGAAGCUGAACACGGAGGUGCGAGACAUCAGCAACUUGAGUAAAAAGGGUUUCUACCUGGCCUUCCAGGACCUGGGUGCCUGUAUUGCUCUGGUCUCAGUCAGGGUCUUCUACAAACAGUGUCCGCUCACUGUGCUUAACUUGGCCCAGUUCCCCGAUACAAUAACAGGGGGAGACACGGCGCUGGUUGAGGUCCAUGGUGUGUGCGUGAAUGAUUCUGAAGAGUUCGAAGUUCCCAAAAUGUACUGUAGUGCAGAUGGAGGCUGGCUGGUUCCCAUCGGGAGAUGUGUGUGCAAACCGGGCUUUGAGGAGAACAAGGACGUCUGCCAACCAUGCAGACCUGGAACUUACAAAGCUUCGGCCACAGAUGCCUACUGCACCAAAUGUCCUCCUCACAGCUCGUCCCCGCAGGAACAAGCCAUCGAGUGCAUCUGUGAGAAAGGUUUCUAUCGCGCUGAGACUGACCCACGCUCAAUGGCCUGCACACGUCCUCCAUCUGCUCCAGAGAACCCCAUUUCAACAGUGAACGAGACCUGUGUCACCUUGGAGUGGUCGCCGCCCAGAGACACGGGAGGCAGAGGAGACAUCACCUAUAAGCUCCACUGCAGGAAGUGCACCGGUGAUGGCAAGAAGUGCACACCCUGCGGCAGCAGUGUGCACUUUGUUCCAAGACAGCUUGGCCUCUCGUCUGCCACUGUGUUGAUCACCGACUUGCAGCCGGACUCCAACUACAGCUUCACCAUUGAGAGCCAGAAUGGAGUGUCAAACUUAAGUCCAACACCAACUGGAACAGUAGUCAUAAAUGUCACAACAUCGCAGACAGUGAGCGUAGUGCUGAAGGAAAGGAGGAGCAAGGACAGUGUGACUUUGGCCUGGCAGGGUCCAGAGAGGCCCAACGGAGCAAUAGUGGAGUAUGAGGUCAUCUAUUAUGAGAAGAACCAGCGGGAGCAGAACUACACGGUUUUGAAGACUCGCUCCAACAUGAUGACAGUGGAUGGGCUGAAGCCAGGGACCACCUAUGUGUUUAGGGUUAGGGCUCGAACCGAUGGGGGCUACGGGAGCUACGGUGGAGAGAUUGAACUGGAAACAAGUCAUGAAGACGUCUUGGCCAUAGGGGACCCCAACCAAUCCACCAUUCUGGCUGUCUCUAUCGCAGGUGGAAUCGUUCUUCUCAUCUUCUUGGUGACCUGCUUUGUUGUCAGUGGAAGGCACUGUGGAUACAUCAAAGCCAAGCAGGAUCCUGAUGAAGAAAAGAUGCAAUUCCAACAUGGCCGAGUGAAGCUUCCAGGCAGCAGGACUUACAUCCAUCCUCACACCUACGAAGACCCUAACCAGGCUGUCCGAGACUUUGCCAAAGAGAUAGACGCUUCCAACAUUCGCAUAGAGAGAGUCAUUGGAGCUGGAGAGUUUGGGGAGGUGUGCAGUGGUCGGUUGCGUGUGCAGGGGAAGAGAGAGAUCUAUGUAGCUAUCAAGAGUCUGAAGGCAGGAUACUCAGACAAACAGAGGAGGGACUUCCUGUCUGAGGCCUCCAUUAUGGGGCAGUUCGACCAUCCAAACAUCAUUAGGCUGGAAGGUGUCGUCACAAAAUGUAAGCCUGUGAUGAUCAUAACGGAGUUCAUGGAAAAUGGAUCUUUGGACACUUUCCUCAAGAAACAUGACGGUCAGUUCACUGUGAUCCAGCUGGUUGGCAUGCUGCGCGGCAUCGCCUCAGGUAUGAAAUACCUGUCAGACAUGAGCUACGUUCACAGAGACCUGGCAGCUAGAAACAUCCUGGUCAACAGCAACCUGGUGUGUAAGGUGUCUGACUUUGGCCUGAGUCGAGUUCUGGAGGACGACCCUGAGGCCGCCUACACUACAAGGGGAGGGAAGAUCCCCAUAAGGUGGACGGCUCCAGAGGCUAUAGCCUACAGGAAGUUCACCUCAGCCAGUGAUGUCUGGAGCUAUGGUAUUGUUAUGUGGGAGGUGAUUUCCUACGGAGAGAGACCCUACUGGGAGAUGUCCAACCAGGAUGUGAUCAAAGCAAUAGAUGAGGGUUACCGUCUUCCUGCUCCUAUGGAUUGUCCUGUGGUGUUGCAUCAGCUCAUGCUGGAUUGUUGGGAGAAGGGGCGCAGUGACAGGCCAAAGUUUGGACAGAUUGUCACAAUCCUGGACAAACUCAUCAGAACCCCAGCCAGUCUCAGAGAGCUGGCCAACAGCUCAGCAUGCAGGGAGGACCCGUCCACACCAGAGUUCAGUGUGACCACAGUCGAUGAUUGGUUGGAGGCCAUCAAGAUGGGCCAGUACAAGGAGAACUUUUCCAGCUCUGGAUAUGUCAGCUUGGACUCCGUCCUCUACAUCAGUGUCAGUGAAUUGUUUAAGAUGGGAGUGACUCUAGCCGGCCACCAGAAGAAGAUUUUGUCCAGUGUGCAGAGCCUGCAAACCCAAGGGACGCAAGUCCAAGUAUAACAGUCUCCACAUAAACACAUAGUGAGACAGAGUCAGACUGGAUGUUCCUGUGAAGAGUCUCCCCACUGAAAUGGAGUUGUAAUGGAUACUCGAUGCUUCGGCUUCCAUUGAUUUCGAGACACAUUGAGAUGGAGACAACAUGGACGCUUGACUCCUUCACAUUCCCAUACUUCCCAUCCCUGAUGGGCACUUCUGGCUUUUGCAUUCAGAAUCCCGGCAACACUGUCACCACAAUGGAGCAACAAAAAGACACGUUUCCAACAAAACCACAGCUAGACAUCCCAGACCAUCUCACAUCAUAUAAGCUUAAAAAAAAAAAAAAAGACUUUUAACAAAAGAAAUGACAAAAAAAGGAAUAUAAUGAUCAUCACUGUCUGUGAGGUGUACAGUUGGUUUUUACUGUCUUCUUUUGUCUUUUUGAGUUUUCACAAUGAAGGAUUUAAAAAGGGUCAAAAGAUAUGUACAUGUGUAGAUAUAUGUUUAUAUGGGCGGUGUGUCCCGAUACCGUAGAGAUGGACCUAAUGUUUGUAUUGGUGGUGAGGACAAUAUUGUUCAACCUUAACAGGAACUACUACCCUGUGUAUGUAUGGCCUCUUCCAUAGCUGUCUGCCCACAGAAAGCCAAUGAAUGAGCCAAGUGGAUGACAUGAAUGUGUGGUGAGUGGGGAAAAGACAAACUGGACCUGUAGAGAUAGAGGGAUCUAGAUUUUGCUAGCUCAUGUAGGAUGGGAGUAUGUUAUGUUUAGUAUAUCUGGCGAGGACAAGGGCUUCCUUAGAGACUGCUCUCAAACAAACUUCCAUAGCAACUAGAACCAGUGUAUGUUAGCUAGUCUGCUUGCACUUACAAUUUAACAGGCUGCAAAGAUGUGACCGAAACAGAGAAAACUUCCAUUGUCCUUUCCAAACAACAUGGCUUUUUCACAUUUUAUAUUAUGAUGUCAGGAAUAUUUCAGCUCAAACUCCGCCUUCCUGUGUUUCAGGUAUGAAGAAAGUUAUAGUUUGUGUAGAGCCAAGCUGAUGCAAAGGUCAUGAUAAAUUUGACACUGUUAAGGACAGAUAACUUGUUUUUCCAGGGUUGUACCAUGUAUUAUAAUCUUGUUGUUCAUCUAAGUAACAUACCACCAUUUUAACUAUGUACUUCCCUUUCUUCAGCCCAUAUGAUGGUUAAACAAAGCCAGUCAAUAAUUAGUAUUUUGUGUUUUCCAAGUAGUUUGCUUGAAAAAUUCAUUGGAAUGGACUCUUUUUUAAAAAAGAAAUAAAAAUCUUAAUACCAGCGUUGUUCAGAUGUGACAAUAGAAGAGGGUAAGUUUCACUUAUUUAAAAAAUGUUUACAACAAGAAGCAAAUAAAUUGUUUUUUUUUUUUACCUUAUCAGAAGGAAGCUGCUGCUUAUCAUAUUGAGUACAUGGUUAGAUGUGAAGGGACCCUCUUUCUGUACACUGUAUUAAUGGCACUGAACCUGCUCCGAGUGUAUUCCAGAACAUGGUUUUAAUACAUGUGGUAAUCUAUAGGACCAACAGUGGCAUAAAAUACAGAAUAUAUGAUUGUAUCAUAGUGUAAAAUAUGUACAGUGUUGAUUUCCAAUGUUAGAAUGUUUGUAAUGAUAAUGACGAUGACUAUGAUGUAUUUUAAAUGUGAAAAAGAGAUUUCUGAAGUUCUUGUUCAGGGGCAAGUCAUACAGGAAAACAGUAUGGGAGGCAAUGCAUUGGUCUGUAAAAAGGAAUGUAGCAUGGCGCAAAGCUUCAGCUUUGAUAGGUGACAGUGACUGCAGUUUCUAUGAUAGCGUUAGAAUGAGUAGAAUGGACUUUCCUUAUUGACAUGCUUGUUUUAUUUGCAUAUCCACCCUUAAACGUGAUUAUUUGCACAGCUUCUCUGCAUACAACACAGCUUUUAAAAAUUUAUCUUGAAAGAAGGGUGAAGUAUUGCUUAGAAGAGCUCUCAGCUAAACAGCGGAACCUGGGCACAACAGACUUGUCUACUUUCCAUUUCAACACAGACCUACAGGAAAAAAAAAAUAAAAAUAUGCACAUUGAUGAUGGGCUGUUUCUCCAAUUAGCUGAUAGUGGAUGCAGUCAAUAGUUUGGUAAUGUUAUCAGCUCUUUCCCAAUUCCUAUAAUAAUUUUUGUAAUAAAAACAUGAAACCUUGGAAAGACCAAAAAAUUCAGCCAGAACAAACCAUUUUUCGCUAAUUAUUUAAGCUAACAUUAGCUUAAUUUCCUAAAGCCUUUAUAAAUCUGUCAGUUUGCCAGCAUGAAACGGGAAGCCUUCUUCUGUCUACCUCGAUGUGAAAUUGAAGAAUAACUGUUUAAAAGAGAAAUAAAAGUCUUAAAACGUCGACCUGCCAACAGUGCCAACAUCUAUGUGCCAUGCUAUUGACAGGUCUAGCAACAGUAACUAAGGGGCGGGGCUUAAACAGUCUGUUGGGCAGAACAGUGGAUGGCAGUGGAGUGACCAUUUUAACCACAAGGCUUUUUACUAAUGUUUCUCUGCCCUGCUUUUUCACAAAUGAUGAAAUAAUGUUGUGGGGAAAAAGUGUUUCAGUACAAAAUUCUCUUCACCAAAUGAGUUUUAUGGCUAUUACACCUCAUAAACCACUGAUUAAAAUACAAAAACACCAACUGGGAGACUGCAAAUGUUCAUUCUACUCUUGCUAACUCUAUGAUUUCACUCUAGCGGCCAAGCUUUGACCGCUGGCCUUUUAGAUGCCUUAUUUACUGAGCUAUUGUUUUUUUUGUUGUCAUAUAAAGGUGAUAUUAAGAGUAAAGUGUAUAUACAGUACAGGUAGUAUUUAUCUCCGUUCUUAAGGUGAUGUCACAUCAACACCCUGGUUUUACAUCAUCCCAGAGGCUCUCCACAUUACCACCACUUUGAUUCCUGUUCAAGCAGAUAAAAGUCAGUUUAGUCUAGAAAUAUUAUAAAUCUGAUGGCCUGUAAAAGAUGAUGGGGAAAAUGACUGCUGUUGUUAUUUAUAUGCAUAUUGCAGAUGUGACUGGCUGGCAAUUUGAUAUUUUUGGUUGCGCAUUUCUUUUUAAAAUGCAAAAUUCCUGUUGUGUCAUUACAUACUGCCUGAAGAUAAUGUUGAAUUAUGACAAUGUUUUCCUUCUGAUGAGUUUACUCAACACUCCCACAUUGAAAAGUCAUGUCAUGCUUCCACAUUUCAUAGCAUUUUUUAAAUCCCACGUUUCUGCCACUUUUAACCCUGCUAAGGUUGGUAAUGUUGGCUGGUUUGCUUGAUCUCAAGUACAGUGUUUGUUUUCAUUCCCCCACUCACAAGAUUCUCAUUUAAGGCUUUCAGCUCCCUCUUUCUCUUUGUCCUCCUCUCACUCCUCCUCUCUUUCUUUGGCCACUGACAAUGCUUAUUUGUUCUCAUGCCAGUUUCCUCUGCGUUGCUUGUUGUAAAGCGUGUAGGCAUUCUAAUGUCUUUCAUGUUGCUGUAAUAAAUAUGCUAAUAUUUCUAAUUUCUCA